AUGGAUGCACUGAAAUUGUUGACCGUUGUAUUUGCUAUGUUCAGUGUUCUGGACGCCGCGGCGGUCCCAUGCAAAUGGGCGCAGUACAGACUUAAAUAUUUGACCGAGGAGAGCAUUGAGCUGCUGCUGAGCAUGAGUGAUCCGAUGCCGUUGAAAUGUUUGGAAAAGAGGGAGGAACUGGAGGUCGGGUUCCCAGAGGAUGCAUUCCAAGAAGCCCAGAAUAUAGAUAUUGCAGUGGUCGCCCUUAAAACUCUGAGAGGUGUUGGGAGAGUCUUCAAGAAUGACCAAACAUCUGUCACGUGGAACCUGGAAAAACUACGACUAUUCAAGCAUAUCGUGUCUUCAAGAUUAAUCGAAAACCUACAGAAAUGUGUUAGAGAAGAUGCGUCACAGAAAGCAGACAGCAGCCUUGGUAAACUUAGGUCCUUCUUUGACCAGCUGGAGGACCAACUGAGAGAGAAGGAACUCAGCGAGUGCGCUUGGGAGAUCGCGCGUGAAGAAGUAAAACGUAGUCUGGUGAAGUUUCACGAAGUUUUGAUGAGCCGAUCUUAG